UGCAUUAUCUCGAUUGGUCAUGAUGGAGGGGUGUAUUGGUUUCAGCUUUACGCAAUCCACCCACCCAUUUCCGGAUUCUCCCCCAACACGCUUUCUCCGUUUCCCUUCUCUCCCCGUUAAUUUCCGGCGAGGAAAACUUUCCCUUACAUUCACUUGUAAAACCCUUGUUCUUGCUUCAGAUCCACUUUCUUUCUUUCUUACAAUUCAAAACGAAACUGGAAUUCCCAGUUCUGUUUUCUGUUUUAUAACUGAAUUCCAAGGAAAAAGGAACGCACUCAUGGGCAAUAUCGGUAGCAGCGGUGUCCACGGUCGCCGAAGGCAUGGCAGCCGCCGGAGCCAUCCACAGCCGGAAAUCACCGCUAGCCGGUACGUAUUCGCUGCGGCGACUCCAUACCCUUCUCAAUACGCAAAUCUUAAUCCAUCACCGCUCCAGUAUCCGGAGUACUAUCAUCCUCCGGCCCGACCAGCUGUGCCUGUGCCGUUGCCAACCCUUUAUGAUCAUCACCACCGCGGCGACCCUGCUCACUGGGUUGGUGGCAGGUACCCAUGUGGACCUAUGGUGCCUUACGUGGAGCACCAGAAGGCGGUUACUAUAAGAAACGAUGUUAAUUUGAGGAAGGAAAGUUUGAGGCUUGAACCAGACGGGGAGAACCCAGGAAGGUUUCUUGUUGCCUUCACUUUUGAUGCUACUGUUGCUGGAAGCAUCACUGUUAUUUUCUUUGCAAAAGAAGGUGAGGAUUGUAUCCUGACCCCAGUGAAGGAAAACCUUCUUCAGCCAGUGACAGUCAAUUUCCAACAAGGUCUCAGCCAGAAAUUCAGGCAGCCUUCUGGAACUGGGAUUGAUUUUGGAAUGUUUGAGGAGAGAGAAUUAAUGAAAGAGGGUGAGAUGGAUGUCUAUCCUCUAGCAGUGAAGGCAGAGGCUUACCCUCCUAAUCAGAAUGGACAAGAUGUAAACCAACUGUCUGGAACCGUGAAUUCUCAGAUAACACAAGCAGUGUUUGAGAAGGACAAAGGUGAGUACCAGUUGAGAGUAGGAAAGCAGAUUCUGUGGGUGAAUGGGAUGAGGUAUGAGUUGCAGGAGAUAUAUGGGAUUGGGAAUUCAGUUGAGGGUGAUGUUAAUGAUAAUGAUCCAGGAAAGGAAUGUGUCAUUUGCCUGUCAGAACCACGGGACACAACUGUUCUUCCCUGCCGCCACAUGUGUAUGUGUAGUGGAUGUGCAGAGGUUUUGAGGUACCAAACAAAACGGUGCCCAAUUUGCAGACAACCAGUAGAGAGGCUUUUAGAGAUAAGGGUUAACAAUGGACCUGAUGAAUGAGGAGAGGAAUUGCUCCUGCCUUGCUGUAUAGUAGUUUGUUUUUUUUUUUUUUUUUUUUAAUAAUCAAACAGGAAAUUAUACUCAAUUUGCAGUAUGGCAAGGAUAAAAGAUGGUCAUUGUGCCAAAAAUAUUUGAGGCAAUGCCUUAGCAAUAAUUAUGAAUUUUCAUUGAUCAGAGAAAAUGUAGUAUAUGCUUGGUUUGA